AUGAGAACCAUCCAAGAGAAGAUCUUGGAGGAGGAUCAUCGCAUUGGAACCGGACAUAUGAUGAAUUUGGUCGAGCUAGACCUUCAUCUGGAAUCGUUACUAGCAUCCACGGGAGGUGAUUCGGCCAAGAACACCCCUUCCGCCCUGCUCCAGGAUACCCACCACACUCAUCACUUCGAUACAUCCACUUCAAGGGGGACACCGCAGACAGAAUCCGAGAUCGUUGUACAAGUUGACGAUAUGGACGUGGACGUGGACAGCACCGCCUCCGUCCCUGAAGUAGCAGAGAAUUCUGCGUUCCAUCAAGAUCACGUCCAGUGGGGCGACUCACAGCUCCUGGGCUUUCAAGAGAAUACCAGAAAUUCGUUCGAGUCAUCAGCAUCCGCACCUUCGGACCACUCCGAACUGUCAUCUCCCCCCUCAUCACUACCAUCCUCUAGUAAAGCCACCACUCCUGUCGAUAUAGGGACUCUGAAGGAGCCGCUGCCGGCGCUGCCUGCUACCAACAGCACACGUGUACCGAGACGAAGAUCAUUUAAUGUACGACCGCGGGUGUCGAUCCCGACAGAUGUUGCCCCACAGGACUAUGCCAACCAAUGUAUUGCCGCCGCCGAGUCCUCGAGGCUGAACCCGUAUGCCCUACAUCCAGACGAAUACUCGAUGCUGAGGGAACACAUCAGCCACGCUCAAGUGACUACAUACUUGAACAUCCGGAAUGGUAUCCUGCGGCUAUGGAUAAACAACCCACGCAUCGGAGUGGCACGUGAUGAGGCUGUGGGCUGUGCCAAGGACUCGAGGUGGUUUGAUGUCGCCAGUGUAUGCUACGACUGGCUCGUCCGCUCAGGAUACAUCAAUUUCGGCUCUGCAGAAGUCCCCGUGAGCAAGAAGCGAUCUAGGAGGUCAAAGCCAUCGAGAAGUGGGAAGACAGUAGUCGUUAUUGGGGCUGGCAUGAGCGGUCUAGGCUGUGCUAGACAGCUCGACAGUCUGUUCAAACAAUAUGCCAGGCACUUCCAGGAAUCUGGGGAGGAACCUCCGAAGGUCAUUGUCCUAGAAGGUCGAAACCGCCUAGGUGGCCGUGUGUACUCCCGGGCGCUUGAUAGUAGCAACAGCCAACACUUGAUUGGAUUCCAGGGCCGGCGCCAUAGCGUCGAGUGUGGAGGGAUGAUCAUCACGGGGUUUGACCGAGGAAAUCCGCUGAAUGUCCUGGUGCGAGGACAAAUGGCCCUACCCUACUACGCGCUACGACCCGACACUACCCUCUACGAUUCGAACGGUAAGCCUGUCGAUGAGGCACGCGAUCGUCUCGUCGAAAACCUCUACAACGAUUGCCUUGAGAGAGUAUCAGACUACAAGUUUAAGAGCCCGCCGUCAAAACUCAUCGAAGGCAACAGAGAUUUGAUGGACGAAGGUCGAGAUAGUUCAUCUGAAGGUCAGAAGACAAUUGCCCACGUGGAAGAAGCCACGGCCGCCCUCCCACAAGCACCGCCCGUGGCAGAACAAAGCCUUGGACCUCAAGUUAGCUUGGUACCUGUUUCUACAGACCGUGCGACUGGCAAGACACAUGUCGAGCCAGGCACCCCAGCUACCCUCAAGGCAGCAUACAAAGCCCGAAUGAUGGGGUGGGCGCUCAAAGAAGGCGUCACCGAAGACUGCGACUUGCAUCUCGAUGCAGCUGCCAUGGCCCCCAAUGCCACACUCGGUUCAGUCAUGGACGAGGCGAUUUCACAGUAUAAGACGAUAGUCGAUCUUACAGCACAAGACUUCAGGUUGAUGAACUGGCACGUGGCCAACCUGGAAUACAGUAACGCCACAAACUACAACCAACUCAGCAUUGGGGGUUGGGACAUCGACGCAGGUAACGAGUGGGAAGGCAAGCACACUAUGGUGGUCGGUGGCUACCAAAACGUUCCUCUCGGUCUCGCAGUCUCGCCAUCCCGGCUAGACAUUCGGAAGAACGCGGCGGUCAAGAAGGUAUCCUACGACUCCAGCGGGUCAGAAGCUGCACGUGUGGAAUGCGAAGAUGGAUCAACUAUCGAAGCAGAUUACGUCGUCUCCACCAUUCCCCUCGGUGUGUUAAAACACGAAAGUGUUGAGUUCAACCCUCCUCUGCCAUCGUCCAAAACGGACGCCAUUGGCCGCCUAGGCUUUGGCAUUUUGAACAAGAUCAUCCUUGUGUACGAUGAAGCAUUCUGGGAUUCAGGCAGAGACAUCUUCGGCUGUCUGCGCACACCUCUGUCACGUCACAGUCUGAAGCAGAGUGAAUAUGCCUCUCAGCGUGGUCGUUGCUUCCAGUGGUUUAAUGUUUCCAACACAAGUGGUAUCCCCGUUCUUCUUGCUCUAAUGGCUGGGGACGCCGGCUUCGACACCGAACACUCUAAGAACGACGAGCUAGUCGCUGAAGCUACGGAAGUUCUUCGCGGCGUUUUUGGUGCUAAAGUGCCCCGACCUGUGCAAUCUGUCGUCACACGUUGGGGAUCUGACAAGUUUGCUCGGGGGUCGUAUUCUUCUGCUGGCCCCUCGAUGCGGAUAGAUGACUAUCAGGAGAUGGCCCAGCCUGUCGGAAACCUUUUUUUCGCUGGCGAACACACCACCGAUACACAUCCUGCCACGGUGCACGGCGCUUAUCUCUCCGGGUUGCGAGCGGCGUCAGAAGUCAUUGAUGCUAUGCUCGGUCCCAUACAUGUUCCAUUUCCACUUGUGCUCCCUAGGGAGUCGUCAUACUCAUUAUCUCACACCCUGAAACGGAAAGACACUGACGAUGCAGCAUCUGCGCAUGCCAGUAAGCAGGCCCAGAUCGAUGCUUAUGAGCUCGCAGCUUGGCAGCACAUCGCUUCGCAGAUCGGCGAACGGCCGUGGCGCCCACAGAAGGUUGUAGGUAACGCCUACCUCCUAUACAGUAAAUCCAGUUUCGAGACCGCACGGAAGCGUUGUGAGGAAGGCCGACGGCCUGGCAAGGGCAAGCCGGCUCCCAAUGAAGUACGUGUCAUGACUAGUAAGAUGUGGAAAGAGGCAGCGCCCGAAGAGCGUAAGCCCUUCGAGGAGCAAGCUGCUGAGCAGAAACGGGUGUACAAUGAGUUGCUGAAGAACUGGGAGGACCAAGCUAAGGAAUGGGAUCAGCGAUACGUGGAAGUGAGAGCUGAGUAUGAAAAGGAUCACAAGCUCAUGCUCAAUGACGAGGCGCAGCUGGAGGACGGCGGUCGGGAAAGGAGACGCGCCAAGCCGAACAGCUACGCCGAAAGCAAUGAGAACGACGUUGAGAUGGAUGACUGA